AUGGGAGCGAAAGAAGCGAGCAAAAACGAGCGUGCUGGACCGAAAUCCAGUUCGAAAAGCAAACCGCUCAAGAACAAUCAGCGGCGGACCAAGAGACUCCGGAAGUCAUCGCUAAGCAAGGCCCAACGCAACUUUGCCGUGUUCAACAAGGACGGUGCCCACAUUAACAAGUACGAGAACCUUGAGCUGGACAAUAUUGAGUCCGAGGGCGAUGACGGAAGCGAGAGAACGCAAGAAUCGAGCGAGGCGCCCACCACCGAGGCAACGCCAGAGAGUGAGGAACCUCAAAAAGAGCAGGCCCAGGAUAAUGCGCUGGAUGAUAACCAGGAUUACAUUUCGCUCAGCAUGAGCUCUGAAGAGGAACAGGAAAGCGAAGAAGAGGCCCCAGAUGAGGCUGGCGGCGAACACCCCGGCGGCGACGCCGCACAGCCAAGGACGCUUAACACUGACUACCCCUGGAUCCUCAACCACGACCACUCUAAACAGCGUGAAAUUGCCGACUGGCUCACGCUUGAAAUCAAAGACUUCGUCGCGUACAUAUCGCCUAGUCAAGAGGAGAUCCGCGUGAGAAACUCGACCAUCUCUAAAAUCCGUAAUGCUGUUAAGGAUCUAUGGCCGGACGCCGACCUGCACGUUUUCGGGUCCUUCGCUACUGAUUUGUACCUUCCCGGGUCGGAUAUUGACUGCGUGAUCAACAGUAGUAGUGGCGACAAGGAAAACAGGAACUGCCUGUACUCGCUGGCGAGCUUCUUGAAGCGCCGGAAGCUAGCGACCCAGGUCGAGGUCAUUUCUAAAGCCCGAGUCCCUAUCAUCAAAUUCGUGGAACCAAUUUCUCAGAUUCACAUCGAUAUCUCUUUCGAAAGAGUCAACGGACUGGAAGCCGCCCGUGUCAUUCGUGGCUGGUUGAAAGAGACCCCAGGAUUGCGUGAGCUCGUGUUGAUCGUGAAACAGUUUCUUGCCGCAAGGAGACUCAAUAUGGUGCACACCGGCGGUCUCGGUGGUUUCAGCAUUAUCUGUUUAGUAUACGCCUUUCUGCAGCUGCAUCCAAGGGUAAUAAGCUCAGACAUCGAUAGCAUGGAAAACUUGGGUAUACUGCUGAUCGACUUUUUCGAACUCUACGGUAAGAACUUUGGGUACGAUCACGUAGCCAUUUCUGUUACCGACAGCGGUGCUCGUUACUUGUCUAAGGAACUCUACGGCAGCCUGCAAAAUCCUAGGACUUCCUUCGCACUUGCUAUUCAGGACCCCGGAGACAAGGAUAACAACAUCAGUCGUGGGUCUUUCAACAUACGAGACAUCAAAAAAGCCUUCGCUGGUGCUUUUGAUCUACUAACAAACCGCUGUUUUGAGCUGGAUGCCGCUACCUUCAAGGACAGGGUGGGCAAAAGCAUUUUAGGCAACGUUAUCAAGUACCGUGGGAAACAGAGGGACUUCAAGGAUGAAAGAAAUCUGGUUGUUAACAAGGCAAUAGCAGAGAAUGAGACGUACCAUCGCAAGCGUGGUCGGAUCGUUCAUGAGGAAGUGUUUACGGACGUAAGCGAUGGCGAGAAAGAAGACGACAUAUACACGGUGGAAGAGCCGGCUAAGAAGAAGCCAAAAAAGGCAAAAAAAGCGAAGAAAGCCAAGAAGGAAACCAAGGCCAGCAGUAGUAGCGUGGACACUCUGAUGGGCCUCGACACUCAAGAUGACGCCGACGAAGACGGCUACGACCCUUCCAAUGAAGCCCCCUCGACGCUAGCUUUAGAAGACGCGAGAUCUGACAUCAGAAAAAAAUCGGUCGACGCACAAACAAAACGGGAUUAUUGGCUCAGCAAGGGCCAGGCGCUAUAA